GUGCUGUCUCACAACCUGUACACGGUGCUGUGCAUCCCCCACGACCCCGUGGCGCUGGAAGAGCAUUUCCGCGAUGACGAUGACGGGCCGGUGUCCAGCCAGGGCUACAUGCCAUACCUCAACAAGUACAUCUUGGAUAAGGUGGAGGAAGGUGCUUUUGUCAAAGAAAACUUUGAUGAACUCUGCUGGACCCUGACGGCGAAGAAGAAUUACAAGCCCGACCGGAAUGGGAAUAGCGUUAUAUCCCACCAAGAUGCCUUCAAGCUCUGGUGUCUCUUCAACUUUCUGUCUGAAGAUAAAUACCCUCUCGUCAUGGUACCAGAUGAGGUGGAGUACCUGCUGAAGAAGAUCUGCACGGCCAUGAACGUGGAGCUCAACUCCUGCGAACUGGAUGAGUACCUCUCCCAGGAGCCGCAGGGGCAGGGGGGGCUGACGGUCUGGCAGUUCCUGGACAUGGUGAACUCGGGGCGGUUCCUGCGAGGCAUCGAGCAGGAGGCUGUCAGCAUGGCCGUGGAGGAGGUGUACCAGGAGGUCAUCGAGGAUGUGCUCAAACAGGGCUACCUCUGGAAGAAGGGCCAGCUGAGGAGGAACUGGUCGGAGCGAUGGUUCACGCUGAAGCCCAAUGUCCUGUCCUACUACAUGAGCGAGGAACGGAAGGAGAAGAAGGGGAGCAUCGCGUUGGACAAGCACUGCUGCGUGGAGAUGCUGCCCGACCGGGAUGGGAAGAGGUGCAUGUUCUGCGUGAAGACCUCCUCCCGCACCUACGAGAUGAGCGCCUCCGACACCCGGCAGCGCCAGGAGUGGACGCUAGCCAUCCAGACCGCCAUCCGGCUGCAGGCUGAGGGCAAGAAGUCCCUGCACAAAGACCUGAAGCAGAAGCGACGGGAGCAGCGGGAGCAACGGGAGCAGCGUAAGGCGGCCAAGGAGGAGGAGACGCAGCGGCUCAAGCAGCUCCAGGAGGAGAAGGAGAGGAAGCUGCAGGAGCUGGAGCUGCUCAAGGAGGCCCAGCUGAAGGCAGAGAUACUCCUGCAGGAGGAGGAGCAGCGGCGGAGGCAGCAGCACGAGGAGAUGCAGAGGACGCUGGAGAUCCAGCUGCAGGAGGCUGAGCAGGCUCGCGCCUCCAUGCAGGCAGAGAUGGUCCUGAAGGAGGCAGAGGCAGAGCGUCAGCGCAAGCGCAUCCUGGAGCUGGAGGACAUGCAGGAGCGUCUCCAGGAAGCCCUACAGCAGGAGGUGAAAGCGCGGCAGGAUGAGGAGUCUGUGAGAUACGCACAGGCCAGGCUACUGGCUGAGGAAGAGGAGAAGCUGAAGCAGCUGAUGAAGCUGAAGGAGGAGCAAGAGGAAUACAUCAUCAAAACUCAGCUGGAGAAGCAAGUCCUCAAGCAGGAGAUGGAGAGCAAGAACAAGUGUCUGGAAGAGGCACAGAAGCAGCUGGAAGAAGUGAGAGUGAACAGGCAGCGGGUGGACCAAGACGUCAUGGCGGCCCAGCGGAAGCUGCGACAGGCCAGCACCAACGUCAAGCACUGGAACGUCCAAAUGAACCGGCUGAUGCACCCCAUCGGGCCGGGAGACAAGCGUACGAACACGAGCGGAGGAGGCUUCGCUGGCUACCAACCCCUCCUCUUUCAGAGAGAUUCCUCCCUCAAACUCAAGCAGAAAGCGGAGGAUAAAGGCAGCAGCCCCACAAGAGUCAACAGCAAGGAAAACGUGAGCAACGGUGGGAACAGCGGCAUGCCGCCAUCUCCGGAUGCGGACACCACGGCCACAGAACCCACCAACUAGCUCUGCAGGAUGGUAGAGCCCAGCGGGGAACUGCGGGGCCCAGCACAUCCCUUUGAGUGGACAUGAGUCAAUACGGCCAUCUCUGGAUGGAGACAAGUGGAGACCAGCACAGAGCCUAUAGUUGACUACAUAUAAGGCAGAGAUGUUCCCA